UGGUUGGAGAAGUUUGUGUUCUUGUUGCCUUCAGCCUUUAGUGAGGAGCUCCACUCGUUCUCCACUGACGCUCCUCUGAGACCCUCAGUGCUUUAGGUUGAGGUUUUAUCUGUGAUCAUGGAGGAUUCAGAGCAGUCUCACUGGGUUUCGCCGGCUCUGCUCAGCUCAGAUCCUCUGGCCGGUUUCUCCUCUGAGCCGGGCCUCUUGCCUCCCGGAGACGAGGCGGAGGCCUUCUUCUCCGGCCAGGAACCGGACUACUCCGGCCUCCAUUCCUUCUUCUCCACCCCGAGCCACAGCCGAGCGCCUCCCACCUACAGACACAGCUCGGUCCGACAGGUGUUCUCCUCCCCGAGCCUCCUGGGUAACCUGCAGCUGCUGGACGGGGCAGGCAGCAGCCACUCCCCCUACACCCCCCCUGGAUCCUCCUGGAGCAGCAGCCCCCUCUCUAAGAUGCACUCCCACACCCCCACCUCCCUCUACACCCCCUGCCUCACCUCCUCCUUCACCUCCUCCAGGGAUGGAUAUGGGUCUCCGGGCAGGGAAAGCCCCCGGCUCCAAGAGGCCCUGAAGGCCGAGAGGCUGAGCCCGCUGGGGGGGUCGGGGGUCAGCAGCAGCUUUCUGAAUCUGACUCCUGCUGCUGGGAGUGUGUACACCUCAUCGUCACACCCACACAUGCUGAGCCCCUUCAGCUCGUACAUGACGGGUCCGCAGGACUACAACUACCCCGGACCAGGAGCCUGGAUCAACCCCUCCUUCUCCCCGAAACUCCGCAACAAGAUGAGGAUAUCCACUCCAGAGGCCAGAGAGUGUGUUAACUGUGGAGCCACAGCCACCCCUCUGUGGCGCCGGGAUGGUACGGGCCACUACCUGUGCAACGCCUGUGGACUGUACCACAAGAUGAACGGCCAAAACAGACCCCUGAUCCGCCCCAAGAAGAGACUGAUUGUCAGCAAGCGGGCAGGUACAGUGUGUGCCAACUGUCACACAAGCACAACAACACUGUGGAGACGCAACGCCAGCGGAGAGCCUGUGUGUAACGCCUGUGGACUCUACUUCAAACUGCACAAUGUGAACCGGCCCCUCGCCAUGAAGAAGGAGGGCAUCCAGACACGCAACAGGAAGGUGUCCAACAAGAACAAGAAGAGCAAGAAGGUGGCCAUGUUUGAGUCGUACUCCGAUGGGCCUCAGCCUCCCUCCAUGGACGGCUGCGGGCCCUACUCCCUCGGCCCCGGGUCCCUCCUCUCCUACAGCCACGCACCCCACCUCAUGCCAACACCCCAACCGAUGCAUCCCUCACACUCAUUUCAAUACACACACCACCUCAACCCUGGUAUGAUGCCCACAAUGGUGUAGAAACAGGCCCCUGGGAGCAGUAAUAUAUUGAGCAAUUGGCCAGUUAUUUGUGUGAAUUUGUACAUACGUUUCUACAUUGGUUGUGAAGUUUUCUGUUUAUUUUUCACUGUAUUUUAUUUGUUUUUAUCUGAUCAUGUAGGUUAUGUUUGAAGUCAGAUACAAUCACUCAGCUGAGGUUGCUGCGCAUGUAAACACACUGAUAAGGGAAUUAAAUCAGCUGUAAAUACUCAUUUGACUGCUUGAUAUCUUCUAUUAUUCAUGAUGUGAAAUUAAGCUUUGUGUCUGUUUUGUAUCCAUACAUUCAUAUUGGAACUCUACAGUCGAAAAUAAAAAACGUGUGACUUAUUCA